AAUGUAAAUAUACACACACCCUUAUGUACAUGCACACAUUUAUAAACACACAAACAGACAGACACACACACACACACAUACACUGAAGCUGGUUAUAAACUUUAGGAACGCAACCACCAAGUCCAGUUCUUUAACACACUCACAAUGUUUAAGGAUUGAAAAGUUUCAAUCCAGUCUUUCAAUCUUUAACAAUGUUUUCAGUCAUAAUCAGGUGAACCCCAGGGUUUACAUGGAGUCAGUGAUUGAAGACCAACUUAACUUUAACCACUUAUAUUACUCUCGACAGUAAAUAUGUUUGUAGUUGUAACAAAUUAAUUAUUCAUUUUUAUUAACUGUAUGAAAACUUGAUCACACAGUGUUACAUCACACAACAACGUGUCAACUUUCACUUUUCACUUCUUUUCUGUACUUUAUUUUCCUAACUGAAUUGCUUCUAAACAAGGGCAGAGUAGGUUGAUCCCAGCUGAUUUACUCAAGGCAUUGCACGUAUUCAGAGAGGAUUAUUUAGCCAAGAAACAAGACCAUCACCUACUGGUGGUAGUGAUCAUUCAGCUAACCCUUACCAUGGCUACUACUGUUUUAUCUGGAAGACAAACAAAUAGUUCGAAGCGAUCUAAACAUAAAAAAGACAAGCUUGUUACUGAUACUGGCGCAGCAGACAAGAACGUACAUAUUGAUCAUCUGUUUUCAGUGGAACGUAAAGAAAAUGACUGUCCCAGUGAACAAAUGGAGAUUUUUACGGAAACCGAGAUGAAUUCCACCUCACAAGAGGAGUCAGAGAUGAAGAGUUCAAGAAAAAAGAAACGGUCAGGAUGGAAAUCCAUAAAGAAAGGUGUGUCAGAGUUUCAGCUACAGUCCAGAAAAAUUUUGAACAACAUGAUGACAAAAGUACGACAAAAUUCAUCUAAGAGACGAGUGACCAUGGUUGAAAACAUUAACAUAACUCCAGAUUCUAAAGAGAGCAGUGGUCAGUGGGCUGAAACUCGAAGACCAUCCAGUGCAGUUGAAUCAAACCAGUCUAAUCAUUCGUUUGUGUCUUCAGAGAAAUGUCAUCCAUGUCGUAUGCAUGAAUCUGUGAUUGUGGUUCAUGACAUGGAAGAGGAAUCGGAUUAAUAUUUGCCAUAAGAAUUUUAUCUCUUGUUUAUUUCCUGUUCAUUGUUAGUUGUUUACUCUUUAACAUUCAUUACAGUUGUUCAUUGUUUGAUGUUCAUUCAUAAACAUCCAUACGUGUGUCUGUAAAGAUUUCCAAUAUGACUCACAGAAUGAUAGGAGAGGAUUAGAGUCAACUAAAUCAUUUCUUACGUCACUAAUGAUAAGUAUUUUAUUGACCUUGGAAGGAUAAAAGGCCGGCAAUGCCUUAAAAGGCAUCAAAUUGUUCACAGAUGUUCAUCACACAAUAAUAUUGUUCACUGACAUUUUUUAUUCAUUAUUCAUUAUAUGAGUUCUGAUGUUCAACUUUUCUUACUCAUAUAACUGUACAUUGUUCACUGUUUAUUGUCAACAGUUUUUCAUUCUAUGUUUUCCUACAGAACAAAAAGUAUUUGUUUACUCUUUGUUUAUGACUUAUUGAUAAAAAAAACUUCUUUUUUUUUUUGACAAAAGUUGUUCAUUGUUCAUUGAUAACAUUUUACAGAUCAUUGUUUAUGUCUUUAACUAAAAUAAACCAACACAAUUUUCAAAGAUUUAAUUUGCAUUUGAUUGGUCGACUUCUCUCAUUUGCAUGUUCCGACAUUAAAAUAGUUUUCUUAAUUGAUAAAUUAUUUCCCAGUUACCAUUACCUAGAAUGUGGCAAACACAGAUCUGAAAGUCCAGUCUUUGAUUAUACUGCAGUGCCAACAACAACAACAAUAAUAAUGAUAAUGGUCUCAAAUUUUGGCACAAGGCCAGCUAUUUUAGAGGAAGUGGGCAAGUCUAUUACUUUUACCCUUGUAUAUAGCUGGUACUUAUUUUGCUGAUCCUG